ACUUGCAGCUUGCCGUAGUCGCAGUGAAAGCUGGGUAGAACAGUCAAGCGGCGGGAGAGCGGCAAAAAAUAAUCUGUAAAUUGUAUUUAACAUUUACCGAUUUACUUUAGAAUGACAACGUGUCAAGCGUAAAACCAAGCGUCUGAAAAAAGUCUGCGUGGGUCAAAGCUAUAGUUGUGAAUUUGUUAACAUUUGGUGUUCGGACUGGGAGCUCCUUGGGGACACUUGUGUCUUGAUUGGAUCACACCGUUUAGCGCCCUAGCAACAAUGGCAAAGGUACAGGUGUUGAAUGUGGCUGUUCUAGAUAACCCCAGUCCCUUUGGAAACCCGUUUCAGUUUGAAAUAACGUUUGAAUGCAUGGAAGACCUCCCCGAGGACCUGGAAUGGAAAAUUAUAUAUGUUGGCUCAGCGGAGAGUGAAGAGUACGAUCAAAUCCUGGAUUCGGUUCUGGUUGGUCCAGUCCCGGCUGGAAGACAUAUGUUUGUGUUUCAGGCUGAUGCUCCGAACACGGCACUGAUUCCUGAAAGUGAUGCUGUUGGAGUAACAGUAGUGCUAAUUACCUGCACCUAUCGAGGCCAAGAGUUUAUUCGCAUUGGUUACUAUGUGAACAAUGAGUACACAGGUCCAGAGCUGCGUGAAAAUCCACCCAUCAAGCCAGACUAUGCACAGCUCCAGAGAAACAUUCUAGCAUCGAACCCACGUGUAACCAGGUUCCACAUAAACUGGGAAGGCUGUACUGAGAAAAUGGAAGAUUCUGAAAAUGUUGAUCCUACGCCAAACUCCAUGCUCCCUCCAUCCUGUCUGCCAGGCAAAGUCCCUCCUUUGGGACACCUACCAGAUAACUCCAUGGAUUGCUUAUAAAGUUGCUGCCUCCUCAGAAGGUGGCCAAUUCAAGCACAAGACCUUAUGGUGGAAUGCCCUUGGACAUUUUUAGCAUAGAUGAAAGGAUUUAUUCCCAGCCUUUCCUCUUCCUGUACUUGUAAAAAAAACAAAAAACAAAUAGCUCACCGGGGCUUUAGUUAAACUUAUUUUCUGAGGACAUGGUGAACAUGAUUGUGUAUUAAAAGGUAGUUCUUGCCAUGAGUUUGAAAGCAAUAUUAAUGUGUGGAAAUGAAACUGCAUGAUAUUUCAACUGAACCAAAACAACGUCAGAUGUUAUUAAUAGAUUUUCUUGUUCUGUUAAAGAAGACGUGUAAAUUUAAGAGGAAUUUGGCACUGGUGUUGCAAUACAUUGCUGAACAAAAAUAUAAUUUGUCACUAUAUUUGUUAAAAUUGCACUUAAUUGUGUUGAUGUAAAAUUAUGGAGUUUCGGGUGGACUUUAUGCUAUUAUCUUUUCCAAACAAUUGCUCAUGCCUUCCCCUGGUUGCAGUUUAAUUUUUUAAAUAAAGUUACAGCAUUUUGUAUCUA